ACAGAGUGCAUUCGGAAAGUAUUCAGACCCCUUGACUUUUUUCACAUUUUGUUACUCUACAGCCUUAUUCUAAAAUGGAUGAAAAAUUAUUUCAUCAAUCUACACACAAUACCCCAUAAUGACAAAGCAAAAAAAAAUGAUAUCAAAUUUGCACAAGUAUUCAGACUUUUUAGUCUGUAUUUUAUUGAAGCACCUUUGGAAGUGAUUACAGCCUUGAGUCUACUUGGGUAAGAUGCUACAAGCUUGACACACCUGAAUUUGGGGAGCUUCUCCUGGCUCUGGCUGGGUCACUCAAGGACAUUCAGAGACUUGUCCCGAAGCCACUUGUUUGUUGUCUUGGCUGUGUGCUUAGGGUCGUUGUCCUGUUGGAAGGUGAACCUUCAACCUAAUCUGAGAUCCUGAGCGUUCUGGAGCAAGUUUUCAUCAAGGAUCUCUCUGUACUUUGCUCCGUUCAUCUUUCCCUCUAUCCUGUCUAGUCUCUCAGUUCCUGCCGCUGAAAAACAUCCCCACAGCAGGAUGCUGCCACCACCAUGCUUCACCGUAGGAAUGAUGGAGGCCACUGUCUUUUGGGGACCUUCAAUGCAGCAGAAAAAUGUUGGUAGCCUUCCCCAGAUCUGUGCCUCGACACAAUCCUGUCUCGGAGCUCUACGGACAAUUCCUUCGACCUCAUGGCUUGGUUUUUACUCUGACAUGCACUGAAAACUAUGAAGCUUUAUAUAGACAUGUGUGUGCCUUUCUAAGUCCUGUCCAAUCAAUUGGAUUUACUACAGGACUCCCAAGUUGUAGAAACAUUUUAAGGAUGAUCAAUGGAAACAGGAUGCACCUGAGCUCAAUUUGUAGAUGAUAAUGGCGCUGAAGGGGAUGGCUGCUGUUUUACAGGCUCCUAACAAACUGCUAUUUUGUUUGUUUUUCCAGUUUUUUUGUAACUUAUUUUGUACAUAAUGUUGCUGCUACCGUCUCUUAUGACCGAAAAGAGCUUCUGGACAUCAGAACAGCUGUUACUCACCUCACACUGGACGAAGAUUUUUUCUUUAAUGAGUCUGACUCGAAGGAUAUACUGCUUUGUCAAGACAAGGCCCAAAUCCCCAUCAUUCGUGUGAAGAAAAUAUGGAAAUACAGGGGGCGGAGGUCUGGGUGCCUUGUGAGAAUUAAUUGGCGAAUGAGUAAACCACCACUACCCUCUGUAAUAUUGGCCAACGUCAUUAUUGGCCAAAAUCAUUGGAAAACAAACUGGACGCUCUACGAUUAAAACUAUCAACUACCAAUGGGACAUUAUAAACUGUAUCUUGUGUUUCACCGAGACUUGGCUGAAUAAUAACAUGGACAAUACAGAGCUGGCUGGCUUCUCCUUUUCUCGGCAGGACAGAGCAGCUAUGUCUGGUCCUGCUCAAUUACCUGCCUUUGGACCAGAUAAUAUGGGAGUCCUUCCUCAAAAAGCAGAGGGAGGUGUACUCCCAGUUCCUAAAGGAGAUGAUCAUCCAACCAGGCAUCGCUAAGGCCAACCUGGGCCUCUCCAGAGAGGACGUGACUAUGGAGGACCACCCUCUCAACCCCAACCCAGACAGCAAGUGGAACAACUACUUCAGAAACAACGAGGUGCUGCUACAGAUUGAUAAAGAUGUUCGGCGCUUGUACCCCGACAUGGCGUUCUUCCAGCGGCCAACAGACUACCCCUGCCAGCUGAUCCUGGAUCCCCAGAACGACUACGAGACACUCCGGCGCCGUGUGGAACAGACUACCCUCAAGGCCCAAACUGUGGACCGCAACCGCAGCGGGGUCACCAAUGUGAGCUCCCCGGGCAAGGCCCUUAACCUGUACCCGUCCAACGAGUACGAGGUGCUGCCCAGCGGCUGCGAGGCACACUGGGAGGUGGUGGAGCGAAUCUUGUUCAUCUACGCCAAGCUCAACCCGGGCAUCGCCUACGUGCAGGGCAUGAACGAGGUGGUGGGCCCUAUCUACUACACCUUUGCCACCGACCCCAACAACGAGUGGAAAGAGCACGCCGAGGCAGACACCUUCUUUUGUUUCACCAACCUGAUGUCAGAGAACCGGGACAUGUUCAUCAAGAGCCUGGACGACUCGCAGUGCGGCAUCACCUACAAGAUGGAGAGCGUCUACUCCAUGCUCAAAGAGAAGGACAUGGACCUCUAUAUGAAACUGCAGGAGCAGAACAUCAAGCCUCAGUACUUCACCUUCCGCUGGUUGACCCUGCUGCUGUCCCAGGAGUUCCUCCUGCCCGACGUCAUCCGCAUCUGGGACACGCUCUUCUCCGACCAGGACCGCUUCGACUUCCUCAUCCUGGUCUGCUGCGCCAUGCUCGUACUGAUUCGAGAUCAGUUGCUGGCAGGAGACUUCACGGUCAACAUGAGACUGCUACAGGACUACCCCAUCUCAGAUGUCCACACCAUCCUGGCCAAGGCCAAGGAGCUUCAGGGUGGCUCAUAGCCACCCCUCCCCCUAUCUCCCUCUCCUGGAUUUGGGGGAUGCACCAUUGAAACUGGUAAUCCUAGGUGACAACAAGGCCCCAUUGCACCCUGGGAGGGAGAGGAAGCCACCUGGUGCCGGGGUGGUGCACAGUUUCCUCAAAGCAACCAAACUAAAUACUUAGUCUUCUUGUCUCACUCUCACGGCCCGACAGUAUUUCCACUCUCUCAGAGAGGGUGUGUGGGUUCAAGCUAUUUAUUUUUGCACUGAAAACUUGAAAAAAAUGACAAUCUACAUAUAUGAAGCAGAGAAACCAGUUACCCAACAACAGCGUCAUUAUAACGUUUGUCAGUGCUAUUAUAACACUCCGAGGUUAUUUUAAUAGUACGCUUUCUUUCAGUUUGGUUAUUUUUUACAUGUGAACAUGGUUAUUUUUUAUUGUGGAGCUCGUACGAAAGACGAAAUGUAAUAAGACCGUGUAAAGUCUAACCACAACAAAAAAUGAGUAUAGAUUGUAACUAGGAUCAUAUGCCUUUGGUAAUGGGCAAUUGAAACGUGAAGGUCCUCUGUUUGUUUUCGGUUAAACUCAGUCUGGCCAGUUUAAAGCCAGCCACUUGAAUCUCCAAUAUUAAUGUAUGUUUUGCAAAAUGUUGGUAUCAAAUGAAUGGGGUGUGAAACCCGUACCUUACUCACUAACCCAAAGUGCAUGCUUAUACGUUAGCCCAAAAGCUAAUGAACGAAGAAAUUAACCCUUGAUUGUCUUAAAUCUAGUCUUAGGGGAAAUUGAUACAGUGAUGAUGAUGGUCUAUUUUAUUGUAAGGGCAUUACUUAGCAAACAAAACAGUCAGAUUAAAUUGGGCAUUCAAGUUUUUAAUAUAUUUUGAGUCAUUUCUUAAUAUAUUUUGAGUAAUUUCUGGUCGCAUUAAAAAAGUGGUUCACAUGUAAAGCAUAAUAAACUGAACAUUAAUGGCAUGUUAAGUGAAGUAAAACACAUUUUGCUCUGCAUACUGUUGGAUAAUUAGAGAGAACAAAUUAUUGAUGAUAAUAACUAAAUAUGUAUAAUUAAUGACAUUAAAAUGCUAUGGUAACAUUUCUGUACUCAGAUAAUGGAAUUGACAGAUAACAGAGCUGACAACUGAAAAUCACUAACAUUUAAUGUGUUAUUGUUUUUUUUGGGUCUCAAAACGCUAACAGUUACCACAAGAGUUAAUACACCAUUGAAACGUACCUUUUCAAACUGUAGGACGUGAUACUUUGUUAAGUACACAGAGAAUGUCUGGCUUUGUAAUGAUAAUUUAAUCAUUAUGAUUAUGAUACAGCUCACGAAACAGUUACCUUUUUACUGUUUGCGUUUCAGAUUUCUUGGCACUCCCCAGUAUCGCCAUCCAUUUCGGUCUACAGUACAUUUGGAAAGUAUUCAGACCCCUUAACCUUUUCCACAUUUUGUAACAUUACAGCCUUAUUCUAAAAUUGAUUAAAUGUUUUUUUCCCUCUCAUUCUACACACAAUACCCCAUAAUGACAAAGCAAAAACAGGUUUUUAGAAAUGUUUGCAAAUCACAUUUACAUUACUAUUCAGACCCUUUUCUCAGUACUUUAUUGAAGCACCUUUGGCAGCGAUUACAGCCUUGUCUUCUUGGAUCUGACGCUACAAGCUUGGCACACUUGUAUUUGGGGAGUUUCUCCCAUUCUUCUCUGCAGAUCCUCUCAAGCUCUGUCAGGUUUGAUGGGGAGCGUCGCUGCACAGCUAUUUUCAGGUCUCUCCAGAGAUGUUCGAUCGGGUUCAAGUCCGGCCUCUGGCUGGGCCACUCAAAGACAUUCAGAGACUUGUCCCGAAGCCACUCUUGCGUUGUCUUGGCUGUGUGAUUAGGGUCGUUGUCCUGUUGGGAGGUGAACGUUCGGCCCAGUCUGAGGUCCUGAGCGCUAUGGAGCAGGUUUUCAUCAAGAAUCUCUCUGUACUUUGCUCCGUUCAUCUUUGCCUCGAUCCUGACUAGUCUCCCAGUCCCUGCUGGUGAAAAACAUCCCCACAGCAUGAUGCUGCCACCAUCAUGCUUCACCGUAGGGAUGGUACCAGGUUUCCUCCAGACGUGAUGCUUGGCAUUCAGACCAAAGAGUUCAAUCUUGGUUUCAUCAGACCAAAGAGUUGUUACUCAUGGUCUGAGAGUCUUUAGGUGCCUUUUGGUAAACUCCAAGCAGGCUGUUGUGCCUUUUACUGAGUGGCUUCCGUCUGGCCGCUCUACUAUAAAGGCCUGAUUGGGGGAAUGCUGCCAAGAUGGUUGUCCUUCUGGAAGGCUAUCCCAUCUCCAGAGAGGAACUCUAGAGCUCUGUCAGAGUGAUCAUCGGGUUCUUGGUUAUCUCCCUGUCCAAGUCCCUUCUCCCCCGAUUGCUCAGUUUGGCCGGGCGGACGGCUCUAAGAAGAGUCUUUGGUCAAAUUUCUUCCGUUUUAAGAAUGAUGGAGGCCACUGUGUUCUUGCGGACCUUCAAUGCUGCAGACAUUUUUUUUGGUACCCUUCCCUAGAUCAGUGCCUCGACACAAUCCUGUCUCAGCUCUGUUCUGUGGACAAUUCCUUCGACCUCAUGGCUUGGUCUUUGCUCUGACGUGCACUGUCAACUGUGGGACCUUAUAUAGACAGGUGUGUGCCUUUCCAAAUCAUAUCCAAUCAAUUGAAUUUACCACAGGUGGACUCCAAUCAAGUUGUAGAAACAUCUCAAGGAUGAUCAAUAGAAACAGGAUUUCAAGUCUCAUAGCAAAGUGGCUGAAUACUUAAGUAAAUAAUGUAUUUGUUUUUUUAUUUGUAAUACAUUUACAAAAAAUUCUAAAAACUGUUAUCGACUUUGUCAUUAUGGGGUAUUGUGUGCAGAUUGCUGAGGAUUUAUUUUUAUUUAAUCCAAUUUUAGAAUAAGGCUGUAACGAAACAAGAUGUGGAAAAAGUCAAGGGAUCUGAACACUUUCCGAUGGCACUCUACAUUCUAACACUAUUUCAUUGGCAAGAUGGUAUCCUCCAACUGACAAAUCCCCUAGGCAGGAAUUGGUACAAAUUAACAGUCUGUGACUAACUAUAAUUCAAUGUAGCAUUAUUGUACUAAAGUGAGGUAUUAAGUUGACUACACUACAUGACCAAAAGUAUGUGGACACGUUGAACAUCUCAUUCCAAAAUCAUGGGUAUUAAUAUGGAGUUGGCUUCCCCUUUGCUGAGAGUGGCUUUCAGAGUUGUGUUGGAUUUUCCCCAAACAUUACUCUUUGUAUUCAGAACAAAAAGUUAAUUUCUUUAACAUAUUUAUUGCCACAUUACUUAAGUGCCUUGUUGCAAACAACAAGAUUUAGAUGCAAGUGGCUGUUCCACUGGUUGUCAUAAGGUGUAUGCACCAAUUUGUAAGUCGCUCUGGAUAAGAGCGUCUGCUAAAUGACUUAAAUGUAAAUGUAAAUGUUUUGGGAUAUUUUUCCAUUCUGUACAGGCUUCCUUCUUUUCACUCUGUCAUUUUGGUUAGUUUUGUGGAGUAACUACAAUGUUGUUGAUCCAUCCUCAGUUUUUUCCUUUCACAGCCAUUAAACUCUGUAACUGUUUUAAAGUCA